AUGGUUGCGUGUAGAUUAGUAUACCAAGUGACUCCCCGUGGAUUUCUAUCAGAUGUAGAAGUUGGCCGACACGAUGCAAAUGCAAAGGGACGCGUCCAGCCGCGAGGUCAUGCAGCGGGUACUCUGCCCGCUACACACUGGUCAAUAUUCGAAGAAAUUCGUGCAAACCUCAAUAACCACGAACCACGACAAAUUCGACCACCACCGACAGUCGCCAUGAAGUUCCUCAAGGUCGGCCGUGUUGCCAUCAUCACCCGGGGCAGAUAUGCCGGCAAGAAGGUUGUGAUCAUUCAACCACAAGAUGCAGGAAAUAAGUCGCACCCAUACCCUCACGCAUUGGUCGCCGGUAUCGAGCGUUACCCAUCGCAAAUCACCCGCCGUAUGUCAAAGACCCGUCAAGAGAAAAGAAGCAAGGUCAAGCCAUUCAUCAAGGUCAUCAACUACAACCACUUGAUGCCAACAAGAUACACACUUGAGUUGGAGGGAUUGAAGGGAGCUAUUACCGCCGAUACAUUCAAGGAGGUUUCGCAGCGAGAGGAUGCUAAGAAGGUCGUGAAGAAGGCUUUGGAGGAGAGAUACACAUCAGGAAAGAACAGAUGGUUCUUCACCCCUCUUAGAUUUUGA